CUGCAGGCGGCGCUGCACAGAGUAAAAAUGGCGAACGCCGUGGCUUCCUACGACCAGCUGGCCCACCAGGUGGAGGCUCUCCGCAAGGAGAACUCUCACCUGAGGAGGGAGCUGGAGGACAACUCCAACCACCUGUCCAAACUGGAGAAUGAGACCACCGGCAUGAAGGAGGUGCUGAAGCAGCUGCAGAGUAAGCUGGAGCAGGAGGCAGGAACUCUGGCCUCGUCCGGGCGGAGCGACGUGCUGCACCAACUCAAAGAGCUCCACAUGGAUCUCACCAAUUACUACGAGCUCAAACACCAACCUCACAACCUGCGGCUCCUGACGGGCAGCCUGGGAGGAGCGGGACCAGCAGGGGUCGGAGGGGCGGAGCUCGAUGAUCGUCUGGCUCUACCUCCUCCCUCUUCAUCCUCAGUGGCGGCGGUGUGCAGAGCGAGGAGUCCGCUCAGGGCUCCGUCCCGUCUGAGCGUGGUGUCUGGAGGGGAGGCUGCUGCCGUCAUGCUACCACAUCACUUCCUGGACGGAGCUCCACCCAAAACAGCUGUGAUCAGCGGGGCAGAUGGACGCCUGAGUGACCACCACCUGGAGGAGCUGUACAAGGAGAGGAACCUCCUGCUGGGCGAGAUCGACCGCGAGGAGAGGGAGCGCUGCUGGUACUUCAGCCAGCUGGAGGCGCUGUCACAGCGGCUGGCUCAGCUUCCUCGGAUCGACACGUUCUCCCUGCAGAUGGAUCUGAUCCGACAGCAGCUGGAGUUUGAAGCUCAGCAGGUUCAGUCAGUGAUGGAGGAACGCUUCGGCACCAGCGACGAGGUCGUUCAGAGGACGCAGAUGCGUGUUGCUCGUCUGGAGCAGCUGGAGAAAGAGCUGCAGGAGGCCCGAGGGAGUCAGGAGAGCCAGCUACAGCUGUCUGGAGCAGAGAAGCCCCCUGCUGGAGAACCGGAGAACAGCACAUCAUCGGCUGCUGCAGCAGGAACGGACGCUCCUGCAGACGGAGGCAGCAAGGUGGAGAUGGUGUUCUGGCUGCUCUCCAUGCUCGCCAACAGAGACAAGGAGGAGAUGUCUCGGACUCUGCUGGCCCUGUCCAGCUCCCAGGACAGCUGCAUCGCAAUGAGGAAGUCUGGCUGCGUGCCCCUGCUGGUCCAGAUCCUGCACGAGGCUCCCGUUGGCAGCGGCGGUCAGGGGGAGACGGCGGCAGGCGGAACGAUGACGACGACAGGCUGCAGCCGCGAGGCUAAGUCCAGAGCCAGCGCCGCUCUCCACAACAUCAUCUACUCCCAGCAGGACGAGGGCCAGGCCCGCCGGGAGAUGAGGGUUCUGCACAUGCUUGAGCAGAUCAGGACCUACUGUGACAGCGGGUGGGACUGGAUCGAGAGCCAUGUAGGGACACCUUCACCCGGAGGAACCAAAACUACAGACAUCCCUGAACCUGUGGACCCCCAGAUUUGUCAGGCCAUGUGCGCCAUCAUGAAGCUUUCCUUUGAAGAGGAAUACAGACGCGCCAUGAACGAAUUAGGUGGUCUGCAUGUGGUUGCUGAUCUGAUCCAACUGGACCAGGACAUGUAUGGCAUGCAGAAUGACCCCAUCAACAUGGCGCUACGCCGCUAUGCAGGGAUGGCAGUGACUAAUCUCACCUUUGGGGAUGUUGUCAACAAGGCCACUCUGUGCUCAAAGAAGAGCUGCCUACAGGCUCUGGUGGCUCAGCUGGCCUCAGACAGUGAGGAGCUCCAUCAGGUGGUGUCCAGCAUCCUGAGGAAUCUGUCCUGGAGAGCCGACAUCAGCAGCAAGAGAGUCCUCCGAGACAUCGGCUGUGUGUCUGCACUCAUGACUUGCGCCCUGCAGGCUACCAAGGAGUCGACCUUGAAGAGUCUCCUGAGCGCUCUGUGGAACCUGUCUGCUCACAGCAUCGACAAUAAGGUGGCGAUCUGCUCAGUCGAUGGAGCUCUGGGCUUCCUGGUCAGCACGCUAACAUACCGAUGUCAGACCAACUCACUCGCCAUCAUUGAGAGCGGCGGAGGAAUCCUUCGGAACGUGUCAAGUCUGGUCGCCACUCGAGAAGACUACAGGCAAAUCCUCAGGGACCACAACUGUCUCCAGACUCUGCUUCAGCAUCUGCGCUCUCACAGCCUGACUAUAGUGAGCAACGCCUGUGGGACUCUCUGGAACCUUUCUGCCCGAAGUCCAAAAGACCAGGAGUUAUUGUGGGACCUCGGAGCAGUUAGCAUGCUGCGCAACCUUAUCCACUCCAAGCACAAGAUGAUAGCCAUGGGCAGUGCUGCAGCUUUGAGGAACCUUCUCACCAAUCGACCCCUGAAAUAUAAGGACGCUGCUGUUGUAUCCCCCGGCUCCUGCAUGCCCUCGCUCUACAUGAGGAAGCAGAAGGCUCUGGAGGCAGAGCUUGAUGCAAAACACCUUGCAGAGACUUUUGAUACCCUUGAAAAACAGAGCCCCAAGCACCUGACCCUCAACAAGCCGCUGAGGCACAUUGAAAGUCUUGCAAAGGAUUACGCAUCCGAUUCUGGUUGUUUUGAUGAUGAUGAGGCACCAAACGUUUCUAGCAGUCUGGACACUGGAAGCUUCUCUAUGCUGUCCAUGUUCCUAACCAACUCUAACUUCCAACAAAACCAUCCAAGAAAGAAAGACAGUGAACCGGAGAGGGAUGUAGACCCUCCACAGAUUGCAGAGAAGAGACAUGCCCCGCCUGAUGAUGCGGUAUCUGCCGCCGCAGAGAAGCUAGCUAAAAAGAUCACCCACACAGUAGCAAAGAUCGACAGGUUAGUGGAGGAUAUUACAAUGCACACGUCCUCAGAGGACAGCUUCAGCCUCAGCUCUGAGGACCACCUUGCUGACUGGCCUUAUGGACUGGAUGAACACCAUGAAGCUCGGGAAAAGUCAUGCUCUCCCUGCCGCCUCUCUGAUACAAGCAGCUUGGCCCACAGAGAGCGCCUCAGUAGAGCCCAUGCUCUCUUGCGACUGAAAACUGCACAUACCAGUGUAUCAACAGACAGCCUGAACAGUGGAAGCACUAGUGAUGGCUACUGCGGUAGCAAAGAUCAGGUGCGACCUGCUCCAAGAGCUCUCAUGAUGCAACAACGACCCAACCAACUGGAUCUAAAGGUGGCCCAUCAGGAUUACCUUAAUACUGGAUCGACUGUUCUUAAUGACACAAACCAGCAUGAUAUUCCUGAGAGGGAUUCAGUGGACAACAAAGACCUGAAAGCAUUAGAGCUCAGCAGCACAGAUGGAGAAAAGAAUCAGGAUCAGCCUGCACACUCACCUGUCAGUGCAUCCACUAAAGUGUCCUCAGAUGUCAGCAUGACUUCAAUUAAACUCUCGCCAUCUUAUCAACAAGUCCCCCUUAUUCAGAGUGUGGCCAAAUUUGGAGUAGCAAAGACCACCAUCAACGUUCAGGCUGCCCAAGCGAUGAGGAGGCAAGCAUGGGUGCCUACUGUGAUGACCGGAGGAAGUAUUACAAAGUUUUCUCCAAUGACGUCCACGAGAAGCCCAACUAUCGGGACGAUGGAGACGGUUCAGAAAUACUCGGUGGAGAACACGCCAAUUUGCUUCUCACGCUGCAGUUCACUGUCUUCCUUGUCUUCUGGCGACGGAGGACUGGAUGGACAGAAUGAAAAUGAGCUGGAGAGUGACUCGUCAUUAGACAUAAUUGAGGUGGAAGAUGAAGAGGUGGUGAAAAGAGCUGAAGAAGAUGAAACCUUGGAGGAUUUGAGUGAUAGCCAACUGCUAAUGACUGACUCUAAGACUUUCCCCAGCAAAGAAACCAAUCCCAUUGAGAUCCCCUGUCCUGCCAAACGGGAAAAGGUGUUCCUGAGAACAGCUUCACCAGCUGUACUUGAAGACAGAUCCCCAUCCAGUUCAUCUGAGAACUACAUCCAUGAGACGCCGCUGGUAAUGAGUCGCUGUAGCUCAGUUAGUUCACUGGGCAGCUUUGAGAGUCCCUCUAUUGCCAGCUCGAUCCAAAGUGAUCCAUGCAGUGAGAUGAUUGAUGGAACAAUAAGUCCCAGUGAUCUCCCUGACAGCCCGGGACAAACAAUGCCUCCAAGCAGGAGUAAAACUCCUUGUUGUGUGGAGUCCAGUGGACCAGAAACGCAGACCACAGGGAUAGCAGGCCAGUGGGAAAGCAGCCUACGAAAGUUCAUGGAAAUUGCAGAUUCUAAGGAAAGGUUCAACCUUCCACCUGACCUGGACACUAUGAUCUACUUCACUGUGGAAAAGCCCACAGAGAACUUCUCUUGUGCUUCAAGCUUAAGUGCUCUGCCUCUCCAUGAACACUACAUACAGAAAGACGUGGAACUGAAACUGACACCUCUACUCCACCAAAAUGACAAGAAUCUUCCUUUCCCUGAUGAGGAUGAGCAAGGACUGGAGCAUGGCGAGAGAUAUAGCGAGGGCAACUCGGAUGAUGACAUCGAAAUCUUAAAGGAAUGCAUCAACUCAGCAAUGCCCUCCAAGUUCAGAAAAGUUAGACCUUCCCUUAUGACUACUAUCCCUCCUCACAUUCUCAAUGCUCAGAUCAGAAAACCCAUCCAUCUUCCUGUGUACAUGAUGCUUCCAAACGGUAAGACCCAAAUGUAUCCUGGGAGAAGAAUUGUCAUCCCACAAAAGGACCACAAACUAGAUGAUUCAUCCUAUACUGACUCAGCAGAAGGCACACCAGUCAACUUCUCCAGCACUACAUCCCUGAGCGAUGAAACGCUUCAGUAUCCGGUGAAGGACCGGGGGGCUAAAGACUGCACCGCUAGGGGCAUGAACAAACAGGAAAUGCUCAAUGAUGAGGCAAAGAGGAUCGAAGACUUGAGGAUUUUCUCACACUUUCACAAACCCAACAGAAUGAACUACCCGCCCGAGAUACAAGCUAAUCGAACAACAAAGCAUGUGGUUCCAACUCAGAGAGUCCUGAUGCAGAGCAAAGAGGUAGCAGAUAGAGUGGCCAGCCAAAGAAAUCGUGAUCAGUCUCCAAACCAACAAAAGAAGAGGCAAGGUCAAGGCUCUGUCAGGAAACUGGAACUGCCUGUCAUAAAGCAAAACCCAGAGAGUAACCUUAAUAUGGGAUCACAUAAAGGAAAUGCGUUCUAUCGCCAAAUGACUCGCUCUUCAGAAGACAGUAUCGGCUUCUACGAUGAUAAUGAAAACGAUGAAGCAGUGAAAAGAACAAGUCGAAAACAAAUGAGGGAAGCAAGUAGAAAUAAUCUCUCUCGAAGCAUGACGAAUAUUGGCAGGAUUGAUAACUCCCAAGGAAAGUCUAGAGGGUUCCAGCGGAUUAAACAGAACCUGAUAAAGGAUGAGUCCAUGGCAUGCUACUCACUCAGUUCUUCCCUAAGUUCCCUGAGUGAUGCAGAGUUUGAAGAUCAUAAAUCAAAAGCCCAUCAAAUAUGGUACAAGAACAGGCACAACAAAACACUAAACAUGGUGCAACAAAGCAAGCCUUUGACCAUUCACAGCCAAUAUGAUGACCCAAGCUCGCCUAGCUCUGUCAGCAUGGACUCAGAGGACGACCUCCUUCAGAAAUGUAUAACAUCUGCCAUGCCCAAGCAGAGAAGGAAGCUUGCAGCCAGAAAGAAGAAAGAAAAUGCCCAAAAGCUAAAGCAAAAGGCCUCUGAUGCCUGGAACAUGGAUGAGGAAAUGGACAGUGAUGAUACAGCAUGGGAUAAAGACUCAGAUCUCAACAGUGUUGAAUGGAGAGCCAUUCAGGAAGGUGCUAACUGUGUUGUCACUGGGCUGCAAGCAUCGAAGUCUCAAGAGCCCUCAUCUGAGGAGACUGAAUCAGUCCUGUCAUUCAUGUCAACAUCUAGCUUCACACCAAAAGAAAGGAAGUUUGCUAAAGAGAAAAAGCCCAACAAACCUCUCGACUUUACUCAACGCAAGCCAGUUCAGAACUUACCUGUGGUUUUCAGAGGUAGGACAGUGAUCUAUACUCCGAAAAAAGAAACGGCUCCAUCACAAAGACCUCCUCCAAGAAAAGUACCAACCAAGACAGACACUCCAAAGAACCCGGAUCUAGCUCAGCACCGAUCAAAGAGCCUGCACAGGCUCGGCUACCCACAGGACAACGAACUGUCUCUGCCAAAGAGGAGCUCGACACCACCUCCAAGGAUACCAAAAAGUUCCUCCUCUGGUUCAUCACAAAGCUCUACACCAUCCAAACAGUCCCAGAAGAAGAUAACAUCCCCUACUCAGACGAAUAAACCAGUCCAGAAAAAGAGCGCCUCACCAGCUACUAGCCCCCCGGCCACUAGCCCUCCUGAAAGAAAGGGGCGCUCUCCUGUUGUUAAUCAGAAUGAAAAAUCCCCACCACCUAAAACCCAGAAGUCUCCAGUGCGAAUCCCUUUCAUGCAAAAUUCAGUCAGACCCAGACCACUGUCCCCUCUGGUAACAAACCAAGCAACCACGAAGCAAACCAAUCAGGUUAAUGGGAGAAGGGUGGCAGCCAAUAAUCGAUUCGAACUGGUCAGGAUGACUUCUGUCCAUUCAAGUGGCGGUGAGUCUGAUCGCAAUGGAUUCUCAAGACAGCUUACUUUCAUAAAGGAAUCAAAAACUGUGCUGAGACGCGAUGGAUCUGCAAGGAACAUGCCUGGAUCACAGAAUGGGUCCCCCCGCAGAGCAGUUCCUGGAGCUUCAGCUGUCUUCCUUUGCUCGUCACGCUGUCAAGAAUUAAAGGCAGCCGUGCAAACCCAGAGAAGAGUUCAAGUGAAAAGCCCAGUGCAAACACGGCAAGUCCAGAGACCUGACAGCAGCCUUCAGAAGCAGACUACAACUCUUUCUAGAGCAACCUCCAGUGAAAGGGACCUAUCUGCAAGGCGUCCUGGCAGGAGAACUAGCUCAGAGAGUCCCUGCAGGGUGGCUCAGCGAAACGGGCCAGGCAGAGCACCAGGAGCCAGGCAGAAAGUCGACACAGAUACCUUUAAACGACAUGCCUCGUCACCAAGUAUCAACAUACUGAGCCGAGUGACCAGCCGUUCUUCCCUUCGCUCUUCGUCAUCUGAUUCGAGUGGUAGAGCAAAGAGUGAGGACGAAACAAAGAAGAAGGGUCAAAGAUCUGGAUCCCGACUCAAAGACGGAGUCACCUGGAGGAGAAUCAGGGAUGAAGAUGUACCUCAGAUCUUGAAAAGCACUCUGCCAGCUAAUGCAUUACCUCUGGUGCCUUCUCCUGACGGGGAAAAGCCAAAGCCACCAGCUCUUCCAGGAAAACUGCCGACUAUUCUACUUGCAUCUCGCAAGACAAGUGACGCAACGGUCCAGACAGAAGAUUUUUCACACAAGACCAACUCGAGCACUUCUCCAUCAGUCGAAUCUACUCCUGUGAUCUUGGAGGAAGUUGCAAGACUAGCACUGCUCAGAAAGUUUAGUGCCACCUCUGGGGGAAAUCUUCAGGAUGGAGAUUCGGAAGGCUCCCUGAGGAGUCACAGCACUGUCUCUACUGGAACAACAGACAGCCACGUGGGCGGAGUCGUGCAUUUCCGCCAAGGAUCCCCCAGCAAGGCUGCCCGGGUCACCCCAUUUAACUACACCCCGAGCCCCAUAGCCUGCAGCCAGCAAGACGCACAGAGCGAAGCAGGCACAAUCAAUGAGAAGUCAGGAGAAAAAAGUGAGUCCUAGGACAUUUAGUGGAAACAUGGACAAAUCUACUGUGUUCCUACAUGAAACUCAGCACUCAGGUGGACAGACUAGGAGUGUGCUGGUCCCUAUACCUCGGGUUUUGACCCUUUACUUUCCCUUUUACUGCAUUUAUGUUUUUCUCACUGGACAAUUGAUAAAAGCUUCCAUCUCCAUUCAUACAGGGUUGGAUGUAUGCAUUGAGGCGGGUCUGAGGAGAACAGACCUCCAAUAACUUUUAGAGAUGCACUUCAGAGGAACAGGAGCGCAUCUUUUUGUACUUUUUUUGUAUUUGUAGAUUAAUCAUUGCCUGGUUAACGAAAAAAAAGUGAAAAAGGAAAAAAACAACUUGAUUUCAGCACAUAAUUCACCAUUGGUCUCCAGGAUGAAAUUGAUGUAAGAACUAUAUUAUGCAAAUUUCAGAAGGACAACUCAGCUGGACUCUAUCUGGCAAGGUACAAACUGUGGCGGACUGUUGACAGACUCUCACCAAGGACACUAAUACACUAACAUUUAAAGUCUUGCAUUCAGUACAUCAAUGCUUGGAGCUUUUGCCUCACCAUUCAACUUAAUAGGAUACACAGUUAGCCUGUCCUGUUAGAUAUGGAGCCCAGUGUGGUCUGGAUUUACAUUUUGAGAAAACAUUCAAACACCUAUACUUUAUUUGUCUUUGUUGUCAUUGGAACGUUGAUGUUCUAGCAACCAAAUAAACCUUGUGGGCUGAAAGAUGAGUUCUUCAUGAAGAAGCCUGUUAUACUAAACGGCUCUUUAAUGUAGCUAGCUCCUGUUUGAGUUCCAGUUUCCUUUCCACCAUCCAUUGUUGUUAUUUAAUCCACAUUUAAAAAGCCAAACUGUAACCAAGUGAAGAGUCAUUUGGGAGCCAAAAACCAGCCAAGGAAAACACGGGAAAAAUCAGAGUUUACUGCACUCAACUGUAACAUAGAAUACAGAACCAAACCGGUCAUGGAAACAGACUGUACACUAGCAUUGUGUGACAUCGCUCAUCCAGGCUUCAGACAGAGGAUUUUUAAAGUGUUGCCUGCUGCCGUUUCUCUGUGAACUUUUAAAACUUUUUUGCCUGAAUAUAUCAAGACACAAAAGUUGCUUAAGAAUGUUUACAUUUUCGCACUUUGAACUUUUGGCAUAGUUGCAAGCAGCCCAAACAUGGCCUUUUUGGUAGUGUUUCUCUUUGCAGAAAUCAGAACUUGCCCCCCAUCUGCAAAGAACCUAUUGUUUUACUUUAAACAGCUUAAUUUCAGUAUUUUUGAAGCUGAGCUCUAUCGGGUACCUGCUACCCAGUCUGCUUGGUCUUACUGGGUGUUAUGGGUAUUCCUCUGGGGGCAGUCCGACCUUAAGGGCGCAUUCAAACCAGGGCUGUUUGGUCCGUUUUCCCGGAUAGUCCGGUUUGUUUGGAUUGGUGUGAAAGCCCAAAGAACUCUGGUUCGGACCAAACAAGCGGACCAGAAUCCGCUUGAAAACAGGGGGUCUUGGUCCGCUUCCAAACCAAACCUGGUCCUUGAGGUGUGACAGCAAAGCGAACCAACUUGUGAACCAAAGGCAGGAAGUGGCAUAAACCGUAAUGAUAUACGGAUUUAUAUGUGGUUUAAUACACUCAAACACAUGUCGGUACCUCGCUUGGCGUCUGUGUAGCCAUAGAAACACGUCGUAGUCGGUGCUGAUUUAUUCGUCUCAUGUAAACAACAACAUGCUGGACAGCUCGGCGCCUCGCUGCCUGCUUGUAACGCCCCAAUGCAAAAGCAGAAACCCCAAUGCAGCAUGAAUUCUGUGUUUUUCAUUGUUUAUGUGGAAGUAAAGACCGGCGGAAGGAGAUGAAUUUCUGGUUUCGUCUUCUUCUACACCGUCUUUUCUUCUUGGUCGCCUUUUGUUUGUGGCGACAGCGCCCCUAACAGGCAGAGGUUGUAGGUGUUCAGACGGUUUGGUCCGUUUGGCCAAGAGCAGUGUGAAUGUGAACCAAACCAAAGGAAAGAGCAACGACCUUAGGUUUGAGCCUCCAGGAGGCUCUGUCCUAGUAGAGAUCUGUAAACCAAUAGUUGACACCUACACUUCAGGAUUAUUUGGACAAAAUAAACUUUGGUGACAGCCAUUGACUUGGGGCACAUCCUCCUGAUUGUCACAGGGGAAUCUGGCCCAAAGUUUGCCUCAAGAUCCCUAAGUGUAUGGCCAGCUUUUGCCAGACUAACACAUAAUUUAUGCAUAAUUACUGUACUGAGAGGUGCAAAAAUCCUCCUAAAUCUCUCUGCAUAUUCAUGAAAUUGGCCUUACUCAGUAAGAAAUAUCAUUGGAUUUGUAUCUGACAACAAAAAUGAUAGCUAAUUCAAUAUAUAUGGUGUUCAUGCCAGGGUACAACUCAAAAAUGUUCUCCUCGACCCCCACUGGGCUCCAGAACCAUCUAGAAAACCUUUUAGCAGUUACUGUCAUUUUCCAAACUGAUUCUGGUUGACUUCAUACUAGUCUUUGUCUUCAACAAUACUGUAAAUAACAUGCAAAUAUACAAAAUCUCCAAAGCUUCCUGGUGGGCAAAAGAAUCUGUGUUACUCCCUGACAGCAUGCUCGUAUAUCCACUGACUGCAUACACACUUGUAAACACUGGAUAACCAAGAAGUUGUACAGUGAUGAAACGCUUUCUACAGCCCGAUGAGAGCCUAACUAGCCAUCAGUUUAAGUGCUGCAAAGACCUAUACUGCUAUGAACUGUCAGCGUAGAUGAACAACUGUUAAUCAGAGUCAAAGGCGUCGUUAUUUGUGUUGCUACUAGAUACAGAUACUGUUUGCUGUUGAGUAUUUCCUGUCAUGAAACGAAAACAUCUGUUUCAGCGAUGGUUGGGUUUUGGGUCCAUGGACGUCUGUCCUAACAGAAGUUAUCCUCUGAAAGUCCUUAUAACGUGUUAAUAUCUGCUUAACUGUGUUGCUGUAAAAGUAGUGAUAGGUUGAGAAGAAGUCAAAUAUAAAGACGAUGAAUAUUCUCUGUAGUGUACCAUCACUCCUUCAUGUGUGCUCUGAGAUAAAGACAGAAGCAAGCUAAAGAAACAAACAUGAAUCUACGUAACGGGGCUGUUUGAUUGAAAAACAAGGUUUUGUAUUUACGACUACUACCCUGAUGUAUUUCCAAAGCAUGUUUUGACUCUAAAUAACGCCCAGGUAGUUUUUGAAUGCAGACCUAUAAGUCCCUUUUACCAUUUUGAGAUGCAAAGUGAUACACCACUGAAAUAAGCUGCUUCUUUUGAGUCAUGAAGCCUCAUCUGUUUUUUUCUCUUAAUGAUUAUUUUUGGGUGGGAAUAUAUGGAGCCUGGGGGCCACUGCAGACACCCAUCAGGUCCCUGCAAAACCAAAGUGAGAGCUGAGUUCACAUUCUCAAAGUCGGACAUGUUGCCAGUGCUUGUUAACCUUCACCAGGGCUGACCCUGAUUCUGUUCGUGAUUUUCAUAGACAGGAUCUCUGGCGCAGCCAGGGGGAGGAGGAAUCCAAAAUUCCAUCUCUGCUUUUAGCAGAUGAUGUGGUUCUGUUGGUUUCCUCAAUCAGGCACUGGGGCAGCUGGGUGUGAAUCUGUCAGGAUAAGGGUCAGUACCUCCAAGUCUGAGGCCAUGGUUCUCUAUGGAAAGCGGUGGAUUGCUCCCUCCAGGUUAAGAUGGCGCCUUUGCUCCAAGUGAGGGAGUUCAAGUAUCGCGUGUUUUUUUUCACAAGUGAGGCUAAUAGGGAGAGUGAGACUGACAGGAGGAUCGGUGCUCAUCAGCUCUACUGCAGGUGUUGAGUCGGUCCAUCGUAAUGAAGGAGCUGAGCCAAAAGGCAAAGCCUUCAAUGUACCAGUCGAUCUAACUCCCAACCCUCACCUAUGGUCAUGAUCUCUGGGUAAUAUCCAGAGAUCAAGGGUACAAGCCAAAAUGAGUUUUCUCUGGAGGGUAGCUGGGCUUAGCCUUAGGGACAGGGUGAGUUCAGACAUCCAGAGAGAACUAAGCAUAGAGCAGCUGCUCCUUCCCCUUGAAAGGAGGCAGUUGAGGUGAUUCAGGCAUCUGAUCAGGAUGCCUCUAGGGAGCCUCCCUUUGGAGGUCUUUCAGCUGGGAGGACACCUCAGGGAAGACCCAGAAUGUGCCAGAGGGAUUAUAUUUCCUGUCUGGUCUGGGAACACCAGGAUCCCCAGAAGGAGUUGGAAGGUGUCACUGGGGAGAGGGAUGUCUUGGUUAACUUCUCAGACUGCUGCCACCAGGACCCCGCCCCAGAUAAGCGGAGGAGAACGAAUGAAUGGAUCAGCAGAAAGUAGAUAGAGCAGUGAACCAGGAAGAGAGUCCUCCGAGGACCACAGUCUCCAAACAAGGUACUUGUUCCAGCUGAAUGUCACCCCACCUAUUUUAUGUUUUGAUUGAAAAGGUUACAGUUUCAGCGUGUGAAAUGAUAAAUAAGGAAUCAUUACAAAUCGUAAAAGAUCUUUCUAAAAGAUUUUUACAUUUUUGAAUAGUUGUUCCUUCUUUCAGCCGACAGAUUGAGCUCAAAGGCUUGAAAGUUGAGCAUUUCAUACUUAAAAGGCAGAUUUUCAGGUGGAUAAUCACUAAAACAGCCCCAGUGAGGUAAAGUCAGGAUGAAAACGGUGGAAAACGUAUGAAUGAGAUGCAUGGGGAGUUUGGCUCCAUGUUUAAAAGCCAUCAGAAGGUCCUGGGAAUUUGUACGCCAUACCAGUCCAUGGCCUCGAUCACGUCUGACUGGAGAUGGAGGCUUAGACAUGUCCACACUGAUGUGACAUCUAAAUAAUGGGUCUGAUACUCUGCAUUUAGUACUAUCUCACUAAAAUAAACUUGUACAUGUCUGAAUCAGCCAUUAAAGACAGAUCAGACGGUCUUUAGCUUCAGCUAAACCUUUAGUAUUCUGGGUGAGUUAUUUAUUGAUGGUUCAGGUCCAACCCUUUCGAGCGUGAUCGAGGCCUCAGACGUGUCUGGUGCCAUGUGACAUAGGCAAAGCAGCAGAGGUGUGUCAUUAUAAAUGUUUCAUCCA